AUGUCAGACCUAGAUCGGCAGAUAGAGCAGUUGAAGCGCUGCGAACCAUUGAGCGAAUCGGAAGUGAAGGCUCUUUGCUUGAAAGCUAUGGAAAUACUCGUUGAAGAGAGUAAUGUUCAAAGAGUCGAUGCUCCUGUCACUUUAUGUGGUGACAUCCAUGGGCAGUUCUAUGACAUGAUGGAGCUUUUCAAAGUUGGUGGUGAUUGCCCUAAGACCAACUAUUUGUUUCUUGGAGAUUUUGUUGAUCGUGGAUAUUAUUCAGUUGAGACAUUUUUACUUCUACUCGCACUCAAGGUUAGAUAUCCAGACCGUAUAACUCUCAUCAGAGGGAACCACGAAAGCAGACAAAUCACACAGGUUUAUGGAUUUUAUGAUGAGUGUGUGCGUAAAUAUGGCUCUGUAAAUGUCUGGAGAUACUGCACUGACAUUUUUGACUACAUGAGUCUUUCAGCUGUAGUUGAGAACAAGAUAUUCUGUGUUCAUGGUGGUCUCUCUCCAGCUAUUAUGACUCUUGAUCAGAUCAGGACGAUUGACCGGAAGCAAGAAGUUCCACAUGAUGGUGCCAUGUGUGACCUCCUAUGGUCUGAUCCUGAAGAUAUUGUUGAUGGCUGGGGAUUGAGUCCCCGUGGUGCCGGAUUCCUUUUUGGCGGCAGUGUUGUCACAUCUUUUAACCACACAAACAACAUAGACUACAUAGGCCGAGCCCAUCAACUUGUUAUGGAGGGUUACAAAUGGAUGUUCGAUAGCCAGAUUGUGACAGUGUGGUCAGCCCCGAAUUACUGUUAUAGAUGCGGUAAUGUGGCUUCGAUUCUAGAGCUCGACGAGAACCUAAAUAAAGAAUUCCGUGUGUUUGAUGCAGCCCAGCAGGACUCGAGAGGGCCUCCGGCCAAAAAACCCGCCCCUGAUUACUUCCUAUAA